GGAGCGACUGUACAGUCUCCCCAAGUACCUGGUUUGAUGGCGACGACAACCAGUUUCACGCCGACAGCCUCAGAGCUCGCUCUGGUCAACCAGAUAUUCGCACAGGCGGACACCCAGAAAAUUGGCAUCCUCACCGGUGACGUCGCCGUCAAGGUGUUCGGCGGAUCCAAACUUCCACCAACUGUCUUGGGAGAAAUAUGGAGCAUUGCAGACGAAGACAACAACGGUUUCUUGACAAAGAAGGGCGUUGCUAUUGCUUUGCGUCUAAUGGGCCAUGCUCAGAAGGGCGAGAAGUUGAACAAGUCACUCCUCAGUAAACCUGGGCCGCUCGCUACUAUCGAGGGUGUCCAUGCACCCUUGAUACAACAAAGUACGGGGAUGUCAAUACCAAGAUCACCCCCACCCACACCAGGCCUCCCCCCUUUGACACCGCAAGACAGGGCCAGGUUCAACAAGAUGUUCCAAAGCUGCGGUCCCGUAGAUGGCCUAUUAAGUGGCGAUAAAGCUCGUGAUAUGUUUGUCAAGUCAAAGCUGCCCGUCGAAACGUUAUCGCAAAUAUGGUCUCUUUGCGACACACAUGACAGAGGCGCUCUCGACUCUGCCGACUUCACGAUGGCCAUGUACUUGAUCCAGACAGCCAUGUCCGGAAAGCUACCGUUCGUACCCACGACUCUCCCACCGGGUUUAUACGAACAAGUGAGCGGCGGCAGUCUCACUGCCCAAGUAACCGGAAGCAGCGCGCAUCUAGGGACCCCGGCCUCAUCUACUUUUCCCAUCCCACCGACUAAACAACCAGCAGUGCAACCACAAUUCACUGGCCAGGGAGUACAUAACGUCGCACCUGCACUACCUUCUAGGCGCCAUGGUCCCGCGGCCCAGCCACCCAUGAUACCCCCAUUUCCACAGGCUGCCGUACCAUGGGACAUCACGCCUGCCGAGAAGGCGGCCUCCGAUCGAUUCUUUGAUACCCUCGACUCUCACAAGCGUGGCUACAUAGAAGGGGAUGUAGCGGUCCCAUUCAUGUUGCAAUCAAAGUUGCCAGAAGACGUACUGGCUCAAGUCUGGGAUCUCUCCGACAUCAAUAACGAUGGUCGGCUCACACGCGACGGAUUUGCGGUCGCGCUGCAUCUCAUCCAAAACAAGCUUGCCGGUAAAGAUGUCCCAAACACGCUUCCACCGACACUCGUACCUCCGUCCAUGAGAAAGGCUACCUCUCCGUUUGCUACAGUCGCCGCCUCUCAACCUCCUGAAGCCAUCCUAGAUCUUCUAUGGGAUGAACCUUCUACGACGUCAAACGCACACAAUCAGCCUCAGCCUACACACCAGCCCCAACACACGGGCACACAAGCGCCAGCACAUCCUCAUGCCUCGUCUAGCGCUUUCCAAGCACCUCAAGACCCCUUUGCCACAUCAUUUGUCGACUCUUCGUUCAACAAGGAUCUUCUAGGGGAUGACGAUGACUCCCACGCAUCUCCUCCCCUCCACGAUCAGUCCGCAGAAAUCGGAAACGCCCAGAACCAGUUGAACUCUACAAACAAGUCUCUGCAGGCCGCGAAAAGCGAGCGUGAAAACCUCGAGUCGACAUUGGCUGCGCAGGCUGCACAACUCUCGGCGUUACAAACUCAGCUCGCAUCUGCUAAAGCUUCGUUCGAGACGGAGACCACUCUGUUGAACAACCUUCGCGAACGUCACGCAGCUCAGACGGCCGAGAUCCAGAAAGCGCGGGAAGAACUUAUCACGAGUGAGAGCGAUCUUAGUGCUAUACGCGUCGAAAAGGCGGAACUGGAGGGGUCCUUCUUACGCGAUAAAGAGGAAGUCCGGGAGCUGAACAAGAAAGUGAUAGAGAUCACAAGUCAGAUCGCUACCACAAAGCAGGAGGUGGAGAAGAUCAAGAAGGAGGCGAAGCAGCAGAAAGGGCUUCUUGCCAUCGCACGGAAGCAAUUUGCUACCAAAGAGUCUGAGAAGGCGAAAGCCAACGAAGAACUGGAAGAGGCUGAGACUGACCUCGCCAAUGCCACGAAGGAAAUCGAGGCGGAGGAGGGCGGAAGUGGGGUGUUUCCCGUUGCACAGACCAUUGAGCGGGCAAAGUCUCCUACCGACUCAUUAGCAUUUGCUGCUGCUCAGCCAUUGCCGCUUACUCCAGAUAUGACGGGUACCACGAACUUGCCAAGUCCGCCGAGUCUUCCUACUCCCCGAUCUCAGUCUCCUUUUAGGUCUUUCUCCGUUGCACUUAUGCCUCCAAGUUCUCCCCCACCCGCGACCUUGCCCCUAUCGCCCGAGACCAACCCAUUCGGUCUUAAGCAAGCGACCGAUGCGAGACCGCAAGAAAUUUUCGAAGAGGUGUCGGACGACGACGUUGUAGAGGGCGCGACCACUCCUCGUGUCCGAACGUCUACGGAUUUCAAUGCUCUUUUUGGUGCCAAUGAAGAACAUUUUUCUACUCCUGUCAGCGACACACCUGUCAACCAAGACAACGAUGCUCCAACUCGUGUUCAUACGUUUGAAGCUGCGGUCACUCAUUUCCCCGCACUCGAGGAGAUGCCCGAGCAACCACCAACAACAAGCGAGAAACAUACCGACCUGUCCACGGCCUUGUACGAGUUGGAUGUCGAGGAUUCGGACAGCGACAGCGACGAUCACACUAGCGAGAAGGCUUUCCAUGAGGAAGAAGCCCAAGCUCCAGAGGUCGCCUUGCCAACCAAGGAAUCACCGUCAGCAGCAGCUCAAGCCUUCUUUGAAGGUGCCUUCGGCGUUGCUGGCCAGAGCACGGAGGGCCCUGCCGCCUCAGAGCCAAUACGCGGAACGGAGGCUCUAGCCGAGACCUCGUCGCCUGCUUUUGACCCCUUUGGUGUACUAUCCGGCACCGUGACAUUCCCAGGUUCUUCGCAAACGUCGAAUUUCUUCGAUGACACGUUUGGUGAAGAUUUUGACUUCGGGUCCCAAUCUGUUGCAGAGAAAAUACCCAUUGUCGAGUCUCCGUUGACCACGACUGCCCCUGUGAACGGUGGCAUCCCCACAGACAAAGCGCACACGUCUCAUGGUAUUGGACGGUUCGAUUUAUUCUUGCAGCCAAGCAACGCUAGCACAUCUGCUGCACCACCAAAGGAAGCGGAAACACAACAGACCGCUGCACAUAUUUCAUUUGAUAGCAGUUCGGGUGCUUGGAAUACCAGUCAAACCCAGCCUGAGCAAACAGACCCCAAUCAAUCAGGCCUCACGAGUAUCUCGUUUGACGAGGCAUUUGGAGGACUCGAUUCUUCUCAGGCGCUGAGGCUGGGUGAUUCGUUAUCUUCGCGGUCCUCUCAGGUGGUCACGUUACCCGGAUCCGUCUCUGGGAAGCCAUUCCCCGCGAUGAGUCCUCCGACGUCGCCUCGCGGUUCCCCCCGUGCAGCUUUGGGAAGACCAACUUCGCCGCAACCGCGCGCCACGUCGCCACCGCCCCGAGUUGCUUCCCCGAAGACGCUGAGGUCGUCGACGUCAUCGUCCAGAGACGUUCAUGAGAAGCCAGCACCACCGCCACGGCAUUCUAAGCUAAGUUUGCGGUUACCGUUUGGGAAGAAAAAGAAACAUGAUCAGGCACCUCCUCUUCCACCUUCAAGCCUGGCUCGCCGAGCAAAUCCUAUUCGGGAACAAACUGGACCACCCGGUACCGAAGACGACGACGACCAGUCUGUCAAGCAGCUGUCUUCCAUGGGCUUCAGUCGUGAUCAGGCUGUCGCGGCCCUCGAGGCGAACGACUAUGACAUGCCGAGGGCACUCAACAGCCUUCUGGGUGCACAAUAAUUGGUUGUGGGUCCCGUCAUGCAUGAUAUGAUAUGAUGUGACGAUCUUUAGGUUGUAGUUUUUUUCUUGUUUUAAGUUUUCACCCGCGCGUGGUCCAUUCCUUUUCUUUCGUAUUCCUCGGAUGUAUAGCUCUUCAACACCCGUACAUACACACUACACACGCUCAUUCAUAAUCUAUAUUCCCCCUUCUUUUCACAAUUUAACUCGGCUAGCCGUCACCUCGUGGUUGAGGCACGACAAGGAUGUGAUUCAGGUUCUUCCC